GAGGAAGCCGCGGCCGGUUGAACGCCGGCUUGGUGGAGGAGCUUUGACCAGAAGGCGAUAGCGACGCGGAGCUUUGGGGUGGAUUCACAUGUGACAGGCCUCAUCAUCGUCAUUUCCUCGAGCCGUCGCCAUGUCGUUCCCCGAAGGCGCGUCGCAAUACGCUCAGUCGCCUCGACUCUCGCAAUAUCAACGAUAUGCCUCGUCAACACCACCGCCGCCACCGCCAAAGCCCUCAAGCGGCAGAGAGACGCCAUCCAGAGGGCCCCCGCUGCCACCUCCACCACCUUCUCAGACGCCCACGAACUCGCAGAAUGGCUACAACAACACAGCACAGCAUCAGCUCUCCCUCCCUGAGCCUGGCUGGCUGCCCUCUAUCGUACACGAACUUCCUACGAGUGACCUUAGACGACUGGUCGAGGACGCCAACCUGCAAGCCACUCUGCUGAAUGACGCCGAGAACACGCAUCCGGCCAUCCCUGCCUCACAAGAGCCUCUGCGCCAGAUCCUCGACUCCAACGUGCAAAUCGCUUCAUCGCUACAACAAGUCGAGUCUCGUCUCUCCCACCAGCGAGCUGCCACCCAAUCGCGCCUUAUCGCUCUGCGCGCCCUCGAGCAGCAACACAAGUCCAAGAUUGUCGAGACCGAGAACACUCUGAGAGACUUCAGUCCCAUGGCGCUCUAUCAGCGUCUCAAUGUGAGCGCCCAAGAACAAGAUGCUCUGGUCAAGGGUAUCGAGGAUAGCUUCCUCGACGAAGGCGGUCUUGCUCCUGACAGGGAAGUCCAAGACUUUGUCCGUCGCUUGAGAGAAGCCAAACGUGUCGCCUUCUUGCGCAACGAGCGAAAAGAGCGUUGGGACGAAGGCAGAGUUGGCGGCUGGAGAUGAUUGCGCUCACACCGCGGCCAAUCUCAGUGUCGCUGUUCCAGCACCUAGACACCCACUUGCUCUUUUGGGCACAUGGGUCGCUCUCAUCAUCUCCUCGACCACAGCUCUUGCUGCGCCGCCUUAUCUCGCUUGUCAUCACAAGAGCGCAUGUCCUCUGAUCGCCGACAUCUCCUGCAGCGA